GUUUACAUCUCAUACAUUUUGUGCAAAAAUUUGCAUCAGCCGGCCAACAUUUGCAGUUUGUGCGUAAAAUUAGCUUGGAAAAGAAUAUUAGUUUUCUCCCGAAAGCAGUGGAGUGAUGGAAACCACCACAGCCCAAAACAGUGACCAUCAGGGUAAACGGUGGAACCACCUGCGUAAGAUCCUCGAGCGCUCCGGUCCGUUCUGUCCGCCGAACUUCACGGCAUCGAACGAGACGUUGGAAUUUUUGCAGAACACUUGCAAGAUACUGGUGAUUGGUGCCGGUGGACUGGGAUGCGAGCUGCUGAAGGAUCUGGCCCUGAUGGGCUUCCGUGACAUUCAUGUAAUCGACAUGGACACGAUCGAGCUGUCGAACUUGAAUCGACAGUUUUUGUUCCGUCGUGCGGACAUUGGAAAAUCCAAGGCGGAUUGUGCCGCAGCUUUUGUAAAUGCCAGGAUUCCGGGAUGUACGGUAACGCCGCAUUUCUGUAAGAUUCAGGACUUCGAUGCCAGCUUCUAUCGUCAGUUCCACAUCAUCGUUUGUGGGCUGGACUCGAUUGUGGCACGCCGAUGGAUCAAUGGAAUGCUCAUCUCAAUGCUGGAGUACGAAGAGGACGGCUCGGUCGAUGAAACGUCCAUCAUUCCACUGGUGGAUGGUGGAACCGAAGGAUUCAAGGGAAACGCUAGGGUAAUUUUGCCUGGAAUGACGGCUUGCAUCGAUUGUACGCUGGAUUUGUUCCCACCGCAGGUGACUUACCCGCUGUGCACCAUUGCCAACACACCCCGUCUGCCAGAACACUGCAUCGAGUAUGUGAAAAUCAUUCAGUGGCCCAAGGAGAAUCCCUUCGGAAGCGACAUCGGACUGGAUGGGGACGAUCCGGCGCAUAUCACUUGGGUGUACGAGAAAGCUCAGGAGCGGGCCAACACUUUCAACAUAACGGGCCUGUCCUACCGGUUGGUGCAGGGCGUUCUGAAGAACAUCAUUCCGGCGGUAGCCAGCACGAAUGCGGUCAUUGCGGCUGCCUGUGCCACCGAAGUGUUCAAAAUCGCCUCCAGCUGCUGCGAGCCGCUGAACAACUAUAUGGUUUUUAAUGACAGCGAUGGGAUCUACACGUACACCUACGAGGCGGAGAAGAAGUCCGAUUGUUUAGCCUGCAGCACGGUUCCACGUCCGGUUGAUGUGGUCGACCCGAACACGAUGACCCUGCAGGACCUGAUUCAGCAUUUGUGCGAUAGCGCGGAGUUCCAGAUGAAGAACCCGGGCCUGACGGCUUCCAUCAAUGGGAAAAACAAAACCCUCUACAUGGCGACCGUGAAGAGCAUCGAAGAGGCCACCAAGGGCAAUUUGACUCAGUCACUCGGAGAGCUUGGAUUGAAGGAUGGUCAGGAAAUAAUGGUGGCGGACGUUACCAAUCCUAAUGCAAUUUUGAUUAAACUUAAGUUCCAAAGCAACGAAGUUGAGAUGGCAUAGGCAAAGUAGGUGCUUUUGGUGUCGAUAAGUGGUGGAAGUGAAGUGGUAAUAAAAAUGGAUGCGUGAAAAAAAAA